AAAGUCAAAACUGCUAGUGCCGAUGGAUCAGCUGCGCCGGUUGACGUCGUCGCAAAGAUUUCUCCACCCAAGACUGACACUGUGGAUUCUCGACCAAGCGACUUAGCUAAAGAACUGGAAACUGUCCGUAAAGAGAAGGAGGAAGCGCUGUCCAGUUUUGAGAAAGAACAUAUGUCCGCUAACAACCUCACUAAAGAACUGAAGAAAAUGCGUGAGGCAAGAGAUGAAGCGCUUUCAAACCUACAGAAGGAGAAGACCGCUCUUGUCACCAUAUCGGAAGAAUUGGUGAACCUACGAAAAGAGAAAGAGGAAAUGCUUGCAAAACUUCGGGCGAUAGAGGCAAGCAGCGCUGGACAAAGUUCUCCAACGCCGUCCGAGGGCAGUCGACUCCCAUUCAUGCGGCUCGAAAAACAGUUCGCUCAUUCAAUCGUGAGUUCCGUACGGCACAUGUGCUUCCUGGAUGGAAAACGUACCCUGUAUCAUGAUGGUCAAAUCGAUCGCAUUACACAGAUGAUCACCACCGAUUCGUUCGGCAUUUUGGAGAAAGGAAAACGAGACUACUCUAAACAGGAACGGGUUUCUCUUCACAAAAAUGAGGUUUAUUUUAUUGAUAAAACCUGGUACAAGUACAAGUUGGGAAUUGUCAGCAUUGAUAUCGAAAAAUUCAGUGAGAUUCUCGAAUAAUGCGAGCAAAUUGUUGAUUUGAUGCCCUGUUAGCACUUUGUUCUUUAGUUUGAAUUUUAUAUGUAUAUGCUAGACUUUCAAUAUUUUGUUGAGCUUUUUUAUGUGAAACUUGAAUGUAUACUGUUGUCAGGUAAAUUUUGUAGUAGCACAUCCCGCUCACACUGUGCGGAAUAAAUCAAC